GCCGUAAACACCCAUGACAGCUGACUAACUUUGCUACUUGCUACUCAUUCAGUCUACCAAUAUUUUACUGCUGUAAAAGGAGCAAUUGCACUAAAAUCUAGGAGUCAAAACUGCGGUACAAGGAUUUUAAGAACCAAGCUAACUUGUUAAACUGAAAAAUAAAAUUUUAGAGAUGUCUACCGGAGUGGCAAUCAAGAAAAGAUCCAGAGUACCUGGUGUUAUUAUUACACAAUAUGUGGAAAGAAUACCACCUGGAAAAAGUACCCCAGAUUUCAUCAGAAAACCCAUGGCUAUAAACAUUCAGGAAGGUAAAUCGGCCAUUUUCAAAGCAGUGGUGACAGGAGAGCCAGAACCCACCAUCACGUGGGCACGUAACAAAGGAGAUAUCUCUGAUCCAGAGAAAUACAAAACAAAAUAUGAUGAAAGGGCUGGAGAAUACACAUUACAGAUAUUAAAUGUCACAGCUGACCAAGCAGAUACAUACAAAUGUUUUGCUACAAACACAUUUGGAAUGGCUCUUUGUACAGCUACGCUUAAGGUUUCUGAAGCUGGAUUCGGAAAAAAUAGGCCAGAACAAAAUGAACCUGAAGACUUCAGAAAAAUGCUGAAGAAAACUGUAGUUGUGAAAAAGGUUAAAGAAAAACCCAAGAAAGAGGGAGAGGUUGACCCAAAGUUUUGGGAGAUGUUAUUGAGUGCUCAGAAGAAAGACUAUGAGCGCAUUUGUCAAGAAUUUGGGAUCACUGACUACCGAUGGAUGCUGAAAAGACUUAACCAGUUGAAGAAGGAGAGAGAGGAAGAACAAGCGAAGUAUGUUGAAAAGGUUGAAAAUAUGAAACCAAUAGAGGUCAAACCAAAUCGAAAAGCUCAAUUUGAACUUGAGAUGAAGCUCAAGAAUCCCAAGAGCAAAAUUUAUCUCUACAAGAAUGGUGAAAUAGUUGACUAUGGUGAUGGCACCAAUGAUUCCUUCAAACACAAUCUGAAGAAAGUUGGUGAUAAAUACACAUUUACGAUUAAUAAUGUUGGCCCAGAAGAUGCAGGUCUAUACCAAGUGGAUGUUGAAGAUGCAACCAUGUUUUCAACUGAAUUGGAGAUUCCUGAUGUGGAAUUUGAUAGCACUCUGAAGGAUGUCACGGUGGUCAAAGGAAAAGAUGCUACAUUUGAAUGUGUAUUAUCUGAUCCUGUGUCCAAAAUUACCUGGUGUGCCAAUGAUACAUCCAUUGAGCCAGGGGAUAAAUACAACAUAACAGUCUCAGAAGACAUGCUUACUCAUAGACUAGUAGUAAAGAACUGUAGACCAUUGGACAAUGGUACCUACACAGUUAUUGCUGGAAUCAAGUCAUCUAAAGCAGCUCUGACUGUGAAAGAUGAUCCAACUGCCUUACAGAAAGGCCAGAAAGAACAAAAUGAACCUGAAGACUUCAGAAAAAUGCUGAAGAAAACUGUAGUUGUGAGAAAGGUUAAAGAAAAACCCAAGAAAGAGGGAGAGGUUGACCCAAAGUUUUGGGAGAUGUUAUUGAGUGCUCAGAAGAAAGACUAUGAGCGCAUUUGUCGAGAAUUUGGGAUCACUGACUACCGAUGGAUGCUGAAAAGACUUAACCAGUUGAAGAAGGAGAGAGAGGAAGAACAGGCAAAGUAUGUUGAGAAGGUUGAAAAUAUGAAACCAAUAGAGGUCAAACCAAAUCGAAAAGCUCAAUUUGAACUUGAGAUGAAGCUCAAGAAUCCCAAGAGCAAAAUUUAUCUCUACAAGAAUGGUGAAAUAGUUGACUAUGGUGAUGGCACCAAUGAUUCCUUCAAACACAAUCUGAAGAAAGUUGGUGAUAAAUACACAUUUACGAUUAAUAAUGUUGGCCCAGAAGAUGCAGGUCUAUACCAAGUGGAUGUUGAAGAUGCAACCAUGUUUUCAACUGAAUUGGAGAUUCCUGAUGUGGAAUUUGAUAGCACUCUGAAGGAUGUCACGGUGGUCAAGGGAAAAGAUGCUACAUUUGAAUGUGUAUUAUCUGAUCCUGUGUCCAAAAUUACCUGGUGUGCCAAUGAUGCAUCCAUUGAGCCAGGGGAUAAAUACAACAUAACAGUCUCAGAAGACAUGCUUACUCAUAGACUAGUAGUAAAGAACUGUAGACCAUUGGACAAUGGUACCUACACAGUUAUUGCUGGAAUCAAGUCAUCUAAAGCAGCUCUGACUGUGAAAGAUGAUCCAACUGCCCUACAGAAAGGCCAGAGAGGUACAGAUAAUACUGAUAAGUUGGGAAAUGAGCAGGCUAGGAAGCUGCAGGGCACAACACCCAAAACAGCUAGAGGGGCUGGUAAUGGUGGAUCUAGCCUGGAAGAUGGGAUUGGAAGAGAUGGAAUCAUGGGAGGUGGAAGUGGGCAGGAUGGACUAUCAGAUGUUGGAUUAGGAAAAGAUGGAUCUGGAAAAGAUGGACUAUUGGGUGAUGGAUCAGGAAAAGAUGGAUCCGGAAAAAAUGGUUUUGAAGUAACUGGACUACAAAAAGAUAGUAGCAGUGUGGAUGGAGCAGGUAGAGACAUGAUAGAUGGAACUGGAGAUACUAAGCAUAAAAAGCAUCUCAAAGAUGGUCAGUUGGUCCCUGACACUAACAGAGAACCGGAAUUCCACUUUGUUAGUGGAUUGUCUGAUACUGCUGCCAAUAUUGGAGAGACUGCAGAAUUAUCUUGCACACUCAGCAGUAAGGAUUGUGUUGGAAUUUGGUACAAAGAUGGUAAAAAGAUGGAAUCUAAGAAUGGGAUUACUAUUUCCAAAGAGGGGGCCAUUCACAAAGUAAUAAUGAAGAAUUGUCAGGAGGGUAAUGCAGGGGUGUAUAGAUUUGAAGCAGAAGGACGUAAAUCAGAGGCCACAUUAAUUAUUAAAGAGCCACCAAAAAUCGAUGCAGAUGCCAUGCGUAAGUUCUCAGAAGCUGUCGUCAUAAGAUCUGGUGAAAAUGCAAUUUUCAAGCUUCCAUUCUCAGGAAAGGAACCAAUCAAAGUGCAGUGGUUCAAAGAUGAAGCGGAGCUUUUGGAAGGCCCUGGUGUCAGAAUUGAGAGUUCCUCGACUCAAAGCCGGCUACUUCUCAAUAAAUGUCAGCGUAAAGACACUGGAGAAGUCAAAAUCAAACUUAAGAACAAAUUUGCCACCACUGAGGCUACAUCUAAACUCACUGUUCUUGACAAACCAACUCCACCACAGGGGCCUGUAGAUGUGGUAGAAAGUUCACUGUCUGCUAUUGAAUUUAAAUGGAGGCCUCCAAAAGAUGACGGGGGCAGUCCUGUGACCAACUACAUCCUGGAACGUCAGCAGGUGGGACGUAACACCUGGACUAAAAUCGGAGAAAUCCCUGGACAACCUAUCUACAGAGACACAGAUAUUGACCGUGGCAGGAAGUACUGCUACAGGAUAAGGGCUAAGAAUUCAGAAGGCGUUAGUGACAUCAUAGAAACUGAUGAUAUUGCAGCCGGCACAUUGGCUUUCCCUGGUCAGCCUGCUUCUCCAAAGGUGGUCAGUGCUUUCAAGGACUGCAUCAAUCUAGCAUGGCUCCUGCCAACAAACACCGGUGGGGGAAGUAUUAUAGGAUACAAUCUGGAGAAACGCAAAAAGGGCAGUAACCUUUGGAGUCAAGUGAACCCUCCAGACGAGCCAAUUAGAGAGAAAAAGUAUGCAGUGACGGAUGUGAUGGAAGGAGCCGAGUAUGAAUUCAGAGUGAUUGCAAUUAACACAUGUGGUCCUGGAGAACCUAGUGGCCCCUCUGACUGUGUAUUUGCAAGAGACCCCCAGAAGCCUCCAGGGAAGGUUAAAGAUCUCAAGGUAACUGGUUCUAGUUACAACACUUUGUGCCUGGCUUGGACUAAACCAAAUGUGGUGAAUGGAGUGGAAGAUGAAGUAAAAGGGUACUUUGUGGAAAUCAGACCUACAGACCAAAUUGAAUGGAUCCGCUGCAAUACGAAUGCCAUCGCCCAAACCUCUUUCACUGUAACUGGUCUGAAGUCCUUGGCCACGUACUGGGUAAGAGUGAUUGCAACCAAUGAAGGAGGAGAGGGGCAUCCACAAGUGUUUGACAACUACAUCACUGCCAUGCCUCCACCUGUGAAACCAAGAUUCACUGACCGCAGGAUGAAAAAUUUAAUGAUUGUGAAAGCUGGAAACACAGUCCGGGUCACCAUAUGCUUUGAGGCUUCCCCUUUACCAGAUAUCACUUGGCUGAAGGAUAAUGUGCCUGUGGCCAAACAUGUGACAAUUACUAAUUCUGAGAAAGUUUCCCAGCUGCUCAUUCCGACAUCCGAUCGAUCGGACAGUGGCAUCUACACUAUCAUUGUCAAAAAUGUGGUUGGCCAGGAAACCUUCAGUGUAGACAUUAGAGUCACUGAUGAGCCCAAGCCUCCAGGCCCAGUGCAACUUGAGCAGAAUGUUGAGGGAACAUUAACUAUCACCUGGACUCCAUCUCCUGAUGAGAAACGAGAUGACCGGCUCCACUACAUGGUGAUGAAACGAGACUCUGUUAAACAGACCUGGUGGACAGUAGCAGAUCACCUCUUCAACCACAGAUUUACCAAUGUUGUUAUGCAGGGGAGAGAGUAUAAGUUCCGUGUAUAUGCUAAAAAUGAUAUGGGGAUGUCUGAGCCGUCUGAGUCUCCCACAUGGGGAGCUGCUAAAAAGAAAGGUAAACUGAUACUAAACCAACCAGAACCAAAGAAAUUGAACUUUCAGUCAGCCCCCAAAUUCACAGUGCCUCUGAAACUGCAUGUAGCUCCAAAGGGCUAUGAAUGCUACAUGAGCUGUGCUGUGAGUGGCAAUCCAACUCCUCAUGUUACCUGGUAUCACAACAAUGUUAGCCUCAACACUAAUACCAAUUACUACAUCUCCAACACAUGUGGAGUCUGCUCCCUGCUCAUUCUGAUGGUGGGCCCCAAAGACACCGGAGAGUUCAAAGUUGUGGCAGACAACUCUCUGGGCCAGGCUGAGAGUUCUACCAAGCUCACAGUCAGAGAAUGAAAAAAAAAUCAUCUGUUGCAACAAGGACAACAAAAGCAAGAGUGCCUGGAUCAAAGCAAGCUGUACUCAAUACUAGUGGUACCACAAUACCACUUCGUUUUCAGAAAAAUGAUUUUGAGAAAAUUCUAUGAGUCUGAAUAAAUUGUGUGCUUUAAGUACUGAAAUUAGUCAUUUUAGUGGAAUAUUCAACAAUAGGAUAAACAUUAAGACAAACUGAUAUUACCUAGAAUAAAGUAAUCUACUAAUUGUUAUUUGAUUUGGUAUGUGACAAUGUUUCUGUCAGCCUUGAAGACUUAUUUUCUGGAAUGCCAAUGUCUUAUUUGUUUUAUUUUGAACUGAAACAGCUCAAUAAAGUGGAAAAAAAUAACAAACUCUCCAAUUACACUUUAAAAGCUAUUGCACCUUGCAGCAUCAUGAAGUAAAAUGUAAACAUCACAACUCACAAUUAGAUGACACUUAUUUGCUAAGAGGAUAGUAUAAUUCGCUUCACAUUAUAGUUGUGCAGGGUGGCAUGGUGACUCAAUGGGUAACAUUGCCACCUUACAGCUCCAUGGUGCCCGGU